GGGAAUUAGACCCAGGGUGGGCCUGAGGAGGAAACACAUGUGCAGGCGUGAGUGCCACCGUGGCAUGGCCUUACUGACCAGCCCGGGCACCAGGCCCCCUCGGGAGCCAGCUUUGCUGUUCCGAGUGGAAGGGAGGUCAGGUUUCCCUGAGAAACCCCAAAAUAGCCCCCAACUGUGCCUGGCCUCCGGCGGGCAGCCCAGCCCCCAGGCCACGUCUCAGUUGCCGCCUCCCCCCAACAGCCCCAGCCCAGGGCCUGCUGUAUCCUGGGGGAAUGGUGGUCCCCCAGCCCCUCCUGUAUAGGGAGGCCAAGGGGUGCCUGAUGUUCGUUCAGCCUGUCCUUAGAGUUUGUGACGUGCUGGCCCGUCCUGUGCUCCCACCAGGAUGGUAGGAGGGUGGUCGGCUCUGAGCCACUGGGCACCAUCUGGCCAGGUGGGCCUUCAGCAAGAAAUCUCACUGCAGCUGUGGGGCCACCACCCUGCAGGGUCCGGUCACACAGCCACCGCCAUGGCGGAGCGCCUGUCGGCUGAGCAGAUCAAGGAGUACAAGGGCGUCUUUGAGAUGUUUGACGAGGAGGGCAACGGGCAGGUGAAGACCGGGGAGCUGGAGCGGCUCAUGAGCCUGCUGGGCAUCAACCCCACCAAGAGCGAGCUGGCCUCCAUGGCCAAGGACGUGGACAAAGACAACAAAGGGUUCUUCAACUGUGAUGGCUUCCUGGCACUAAUGGGAGUUUACCACGAGAAGGCCCAGAACCAGGAGAGUGAGCUGAGGGCGGCGUUCCGCGUCUUUGACAAGGAGGGCAAGGGAUACAUCGACUGGAACACACUCAAGUAUGUGCUCAUGAACGCAGGGGAGCCCCUCAACGAGGUGGAGGCGGAGCAGAUGAUGAAGGAGGCCGACAAGGAUGGGGACGGGACCAUUGACUACGAGGAGUUCGUGGCCAUGAUGACCGGAGAGUCCUUCAAGCUGGUCCAGUAGGUGCAGCUGCUGCAGCCGUGGGAGGCCUGCCCGGGAAGGCCACCGCCCCUGCCGCCUGUCCACCGGCUCCCCCAGCUCUGUGUAAAAUAAAUGUUCCAGCCCGA